GUUGUCAACAAUAUUGCAAACACAUUCCUUUCUUCACUUCGAUCAUUACCCCUCCAAUUGACAUGAGCUACAAUAGCUGGUCUUUACUCAGCCGCCUAAGGAGGGCUGUGAAGAAGGUAAGCUUCCUUCUAAAUCUCAACAUGAACCGCUGGCGAAUCUCUUCCAUGCUCAGCCGUUCUUCUUCCACUGUGCACCGCAUAAGGAGCUUCAACGACCGGCCAGCUGGACUGAUCGCAGCGUAUGACUCCGAUGAGACCGCAGGCUCGCAGGAGGAUUUCGGAUCUUCUAGGGGAUCACCUCAUCUACAGAGGACCAUAAGCUACCCGUCGGAUCAAGAUGGUAUCGAUCAGAGAGCAGAGAUGUUCAUAGCUAAUUUCCGGCGCCAACUUCAGAUUGAAAGACAGGUCUCUUUGGAGCUGAGAUACUGCAGAGGAAAUAGUUUUGAAAUGGCAUCUCCUUGAUGAUCACCUUUUUUUUUGCUUCGGUGAUGAUGGAGGACGACUGUGAUUUUUUUUCAAGAGGAGCAAUAUUGAAGAGAUCUUCAUAGUUGCGGAUUUGGAGCCUAAUUUGAGAUGGUUCUACUUCAUUUUUUUCAUUCUUAUUUUCUUAGUUUCUAUUUUUUGUGGCUUUAUUUGAUUGCCCAUAUGGAGAUACAGUAUAUAGAAUAAGUACUCUCUACACAUUCUUUUGUAUUGUUUUGUAAACUUAUGGUUUUUAUAUUGCACAUUGUAUACACUGGAGACUGGAGUGCUUUGAAAAGAAAAAAAAUUCAAGCCAUUGGCUCUUUUGAGAAGAGCUUGGGAUCGAUA